AUGGAGAAUGUCACGACCGUGAAUGAGUUUCUUCUACUUGGCCUGACCAGUGCUGAGGAGCUGAAACCUGUCUUCUUUGUGAUUUUCUUGAUCAUCUACCUAAUAAACUUGAUCGGAAAUGGAGCUAUAUUAGCGAUUGUUAUCUUGGAACCCAAAUUGCACUGCCCUAUGUAUUUUUUCCUGGGAAAUCUUUCUUGCCUGGAUAUUUGCUAUUCUUCAGUGACACUUCCCAAGGUCCUCAUGAACCUGUUCUCCACUCGCAGGGCCAUUUCUUUCCUAGGUUGUAUGACACAGUUGCACUUCUUUCACUUUUUGGGAAGUACAGAGGCCAUGUUGCUGGCUGUGAUGGCCUUGGACCGGUUUGUGGCCAUUUGUAACCCGCUUCGCUAUGCUGUUGCCAUGAACCCCCAGGUGUGUAUUCUGCUGGCAGCGGUGGCCUGGGUUACCAGCUUCUUCUAUGCUCUGAUGCAUUCUGUCAUGACAGCACGCCUGAGUUUUUGCCAUGCUCAGAAACUCAAUCACUUCUUCUGUGAUGUCAAGCCUCUCCUGGAACUGGCCUGUAGUAGCACCUUCCUUAACCAGUGGCUGCUCUCUGUUGUCACAGGCAGCAUAUCCAUGGGAGCUUUUUUCCUUACUCUCCUCUCCUACUUCUACAUCAUUGGCUUCCUUCUACUCAAGAAUCGGUCCUGCAGGAUCCUUCACAAGGCUCUGUCCACCUGUGUGUCACAUUUUAUGGUUGUAUGUCUCUUCUACGGACCCGUGGGGUUCACAUAUAUUCGUCCUGCCUCAGCCACCUCCAUGAGUCAGGAUCGGGUGGUGGCUAUCAUUUACAGCGCGGUCACCCCAGUCCUGAAUCCACUGAUAUACACCUUGAGGAAUAAAGAAGUGCUAUUGGCUUUGAAGAAAAUCUUUGGAAGCAAGUGGUUUAAAGACCGCCAGAAAUACCAUUAG